AUGCCUGCGCCAGGAGAGAAUGGGCAUCAUCGUGCCUCCUCUACAUCGAGGAAUGGCCAUGCGCCGCUCUACCGGCUCGACUCGAAUCAAAGCUCAACGAGCAUCUUCGAGGAGGUAGAGAUGGCUCAUGACGAACUUUUCUCUGGUCCUAUGGCCGAAAGCCUUCCUACCAGCGUUUCAGCCUUCUCCCAUCGACGGCCCCGUGCUGACUCGACGACGAGUUUUGCAUACUAUCGCGAUGAACCCGAAGCCUCUCCUACUUCGUUCGAAGAUGAACGCCAAAGCCUGUCAGAUGUGGGAGACUUUGCGUUUGGUGACGAGGAGGAAAGCUACGCUGAUUACGAAAACGGCGAAACCAUCGAUGAUUACAUGUCCCAACGCAGGCGAUCGUCAACGCACUCAAGAUCGUCUGUUCACGCCCGCCUGUUGCGCCAGGACAGUGGCAUGACCAACAAGAGCCUUGGUGGAGAUCGUUUAAGCCAGAAGGUCUACAUGGUGAAUGAGGACCUUACCAUUGCCAUUGCUGGCUUUCGGACAAGUCGACUUGGCUUCACUGCUUAUGUCGCACUUUGCCUAUGCACUGCUGGUGUCGCUUGGCUACUACUCAGAUGGUUUCCUAGAUGGCAUGUAAAACUUUUGGGUCUGCCGUCUCCACUGGCCGAGUGUGACUGGGUUGUUGUCGAGAAUCAAUGGGGAGAAUUUGCCCUGAUGGACGUAGACAAAAAGCUGUACGGUAGACCUAUGUCUACCAUCUUUGGCCACACUGGAAAGAGCUACGGGGUAGAUGAUGAUUACGACCCAAUCAUCACCGAAUUACGCAUGCUCAACUAUCGUUAUGUUCGCUUGUACUUCAACCAGCAAAAGGACAAGUUUGUCAUAUUCAACGGCUGGGUUGACCCGAAUUGGACCGAUCCUCGCGCCGUGCGUGCUGGCAUAGACAGUGAUGAGAAGGGACUGCGAGCAGUUGUUUUUGGGAAUAACCUGAUUGAUAUUGAGCAAAAAUCAACACCGCAGUUGCUCGUAGAUGAGGUUUUCCAUCCUUUCUACGUCUUUCAGAUUGCUAGCCUGAUUCUGUGGUCUCUUGACGAAUAUUAUUACUACGCCGUGGCUAUCUUCCUAAUGUCGUUUGGAAGUAUUGCCACCACCCUCAUUGAAACCAAAGCGACGAUGAAACGACUCCGCGAGAUUUCUCGCUUCGAGUGCGAUGUGCGUGUACUUCGAAAUGGAUUCUGGCGAUUUGUAUCCUCGAGUGAGCUCGUGCCUGGUGACGUUUACGAGGUCAGCGACCCAAAUCUGACUCAAUUUCCGAGCGACGGCUUGCUUUUGAGCGGAGACUGCAUCGUUAACGAGAGCAUGCUGACAGGUGAAUCGGUCCCUGUGUCUAAAACACCGGCCACCGAUGAGACGAUGUAUAGUCUCGAUUUGGCUGCACCGACCGUGUCGCCAGAGAUUGGCAAACACUUCCUCUUCUGUGGUACCAAGAUCAUUCGCGCCCGGCGACCGCAGGAAGAGCGUGAUGGAGACGCUGUCGCCCUCGCACUCGUGGUCAGAACGGGAUUCAGCACCACGAAGGGAUCCCUUGUACGGUCCAUGCUCUUCCCCAAACCAUCCGGCUUCAAAUUCUACAGAGACUCUUUCCGGUACAUCAGUGUCAUGGCUAUCGUAGCCAUGCUUGGUUUCAUCGCCUCUCUCUUCAAUUUCCUGCGGCUGCACCUUGCCUGGCACCUCAUCAUCGUCCGUGCUCUCGAUCUUAUCACAAUCGUGGUGCCGCCAGCGCUACCCGCGACGCUCACCAUUGGGACCAACUUCGCGCUGGGCCGACUGAAGAAGAAACAAAUCUUUUGCAUCAGUCCACAGCGGGUCAACGUAGGUGGUAAGAUUGACAUCAUGUGCUUUGACAAGACCGGCACCCUAACAGAGGACGGAUUGGACAUACUCGGUGUUCGGGUUGCAUCAACAGUAACAGGCAGGUUCACGGAGGUGCUUACCGAUCCAUCGUCGUUCGUACAGGCGCAGGCCGGCGGUCCAGCCCAGAUGUCAAAAUUGAGGGCAGCCUUGUACACCAUGGCAACUUGCCACUCGUUGAGGUCUGUGGACGACGAGCUGAUGGGUGAUCCACUUGACCUCAAGAUGUUUGAGUUUACAAGGUGGUCUUUCGAAGAAGGCAAACAAAGUCCCAACGAGGCAGACGACCAAGACCAGGGCAGCCUUUCGCCGUCAGUCGCCCGACCUCCAGCUGAGCAUGAUGCUCUUCUGCGAGGCGCCACUCAACAAGGAGAUCAAUCGCAAUUGCUUGAGUUGGGGGUACUGAGGUCCUUCGAAUUCGUUUCGCAGCUCCGUAGAGCAAGCGUCAUAGUUCGACAGUUUGGACAGCAAAGUGGGGACAUAUAUGUCAAAGGCGCUCCUGAAUGCAUGCGGGAAAUAUGUCGCGAAGACAGCUUCCCAGUCGACUAUGAUGAUCAGCUUGCCUACUAUACACACAAGGGUUAUCGCGUCAUUGGCUGCGCAGCUCGCCAUAUUCCAAAACUCAGCUGGGUCAAAGCCCAGAAAAUGAAGCGACACGAGGCCGAGUCUCAACUGGAAUUCACUGGUUUCAUUAUUUUCGAAAACAAGCUCAAGCCGACCACAGCGCCUGUACUGACUGAGCUACUGGAAUCGAACAUCAGUACGACGAUGGUGACAGGUGACAACAUCUUGACUGCCAUCAGUGUUGCUCGUGAAUGCAACUUGAUCAACAAGACUGCGCACUGCUUCGUUCCGAGAUUCAUAGAAGGCAAGUGGCGACAACCACUACCACCUCCGGCUGACGUUGACGCAUCAUUGGCAUACAACAUCAAUGACAUCCGCAAUUACUCUCUAGCAGUCAGCGGCGAGAUUUUUCGCUGGAUUGUGGACUUCGCGCCUCCGUUGGUGUUGCAGAGAAUGCUGGUCCGUGGUCGAGUUUUUGCGCGCAUGUCUCCAGAUGAAAAGCACGAACUGGUUGAGAAAUUGCAAGCGAUCGGGUACUGCUGUGGCUUUUGUGGUGACGGUGCGAAUGAUUGCGGCGCUCUCAAGGCUGCAGAUGUCGGCAUCUCCCUCUCAGAGGCGGAAGCUUCUGUUGCAGCUCCGUUCACGUCACGCGUCUUCGACAUCGGUUGCGUUCCCCAGGUUAUCCGCGAGGGUCGUGCUGCACUUGUGACGAGUUUCAGUUGCUUCAAGUACAUGAGUUUGUACUCGGCCAUCCAGUUCACGUCCGUCAGCUUUCUUUAUGCUACAGCUUCUAAUCUCGGUGACUUUCAAUUCCUAUUCAUUGAUCUAUUGUUGAUUCUUCCUAUUGCCAUUUUCAUGAGCUGGGCUGGGCCAUACCCUGUCUUGUCACGAAAGCGACCAACUGCAGACCUCGUCUCUCGCAAGGUGCUCAUACCGUUACUGGGCCAGAUGGUCAUUUGUAUACUCGUGCAAACUGCUGUAUAUGUCGCCGUGCGAAAGCAGUCAUGGUACGUACCCCCACGUGUCAACCAUGACAAGUCGAAUAUCAAGAACUCGGAAAACACGGUUCUAUUUCUGGUGUCCUGUUUCGAGUACAUCUUGGCGGGUGUGGUCCUCAACGCGGGCCCUCCUUUCAGAGAAAAGGCGAUGACGAACUGGCCGUUUAUGACAACCAUCGUGGCAACCCUUUCAAUCACAAUAUGGAUGAUCAUUGGCCCGGGGCAUUCAGUAAGGCACCUGAUGCAACUUACCAAGACAAGCUGGGACUUUGAGCUCUUCAUGAUUCUACUCGGGGGCGUUUACUUGGUCGCGGCAUGGACAUCAGAAAAGUACCUCUUCCAAAAGCUGGCUCGGGCCGUGGGACGUUUCAAAGAAAACUUCCUGAAGAAGCCGAAGCAAAGAAAGGAGUAUAAAAUCAUUUUGGAGCACAUGGAGUUGUAG